UUUCCUUAUUGUGUGAGCCUGCCAAACUGUGCCGUAUUUCACAUUGCCUGUGUUUCUCACCCAAUUCUACAGCUCCUCAUGAGAUCUGUAAAGAUGAACAUCUCCUGUCUAUGUCAUGGAAAAGAGCCUCAGCUGGAGAAACUGUCUACAACAAGUGUCCAACUAAUGCCACUGGGUCUGCUAGUCGUCGUUGCAUGCUGGACAAUAAUGGAGUUGCUUUCUGGGGUCCUCCGAGCUUCGCCAGAUGCGUCUCACUUGAAUAUAGAUAUUUACACAUAUCUUUACGAGAGCAUCUCGCGAAGGGUCAGAGGACCCUGGCCGGGGAGGGCAUGUCUCAGAUCGUAAGGAGUCUCCUGGAGCUGUUGCAGAGGAGGAGCUACUACAGUGGCGACCUUCUCUUUUCCACGGAGAUCCUGCGAAAUGUGACGGACACCUUCAAAAGAGCAACCUACAUCCCAGCUCCCGACGACGUGCAGAAAUUCUUCCAGAUAGUCAGUCACAUGUUGGACAUGGAAAAUCUGGAGAAAUGGGAGGAUGCUCACCAGGUCGCUCCCGGUGCCGCUUUGCUGAUGAGGAUAUUAGAGGAUUUCAUUCACCUCAUUGGAGAAGCCCAGAAGCCUUUUCAGAGUUUUCUAAUGGUUACAAACAACAUCAUGAUAACCAUCCAACGAGAACCAGUGUCAGCUGUUUCCAGUGAUAUAAACUUCCCCAUGAAGGGCCGGAGAGGGAUGAAGGACUGGGCCCGAACAGCAGAGGACAGGCUCUACAUCCCUAAAGAGGUCUUCACUGUCCCACCAGAGGAAGGAGCCAGCGCAGCUACCUCUACUCCCUUGAGAAGGAUCUUGGAUGAGUCACCCAGUCCAUCCAGCCUUCUCCUCCUCCCCUCACCCCUGUUGGUGAUGCUCCACUAUCGCUCCUCUCAGCGCCUAGGGGGCAGAGGGAGGGAGUGGCAGCCCUCAGCAUGA